UUAGUCCAAUCCCAUGCCCAUGGGGUUUUGGUUUUGAACAAGUCAACCCUCAAUACUCUGUGAUACCUUGUCAACUUCAAAUUGAAUUUUCCAUUGAAAUCUAGAGACAAGCUAACACAGAAAUUGAUGAGCCAACAGCAGGAAAAAUCGCCAUAACCAUGGAGGAGAACAAGACACGCUUCUCCGAAUGGAUUUCAGAAGUCCAUGGCGGAAGCGUUUCAACUUUCUCUCUCAACAUUUGCUCUGUUUUUCAUGAGAAGGUUUUCGUUUUACAACAUUCUCAUCUGAAUCCGUUCAUUGCUCGCUCAUGGCUUCUUCUUCAAUCUUCUUCUCCACAUUUUGCUCCGUUUUUGUUCUUCUCCUUGGGGCUUUCAUUCCUCCAGAAUCAAAGUCUGGAAAUAUGGUGAUGGCGAUUGAAGAUGAAGAUUCCAUGGCUCUUUUACCGUUUGGAUCUGCCUCUGGUGCUGGAAGCUUUAUCCGACUUUCUCAAUGCGGUGGCCCUCGCCGGACAGAAUCCAUUGGUGUUUGCUAUUCAAGCGCAGGCAACAAUUUACCAGAUGCCAAGGAAGUAGUACAACUAUACAAAAGCAACGACAUCAAAAAAAUGAGGAUUUAUAAUCCUGAUGCAGCUAUAUUAAAUGCUCUUCGAGGAUCGAACAUUGAACUCACUGUAGGCAUUCCGAAUACUGACAUCGAACACAUUGUUAAUCUUUCUUCUGCAGCAAACUGGGUAGAAAAGAACAUUCUAGCCUAUGUCCCACUCGUCAAAUUUCGAUACGUUGCCAUUGGAAAUGAGGUGCAGCCAUCCGAUCCCAUUUCUCGAUAUGUUUUACCAGCCAUGAGUAGCAUUCAUAGUGCAAUUUCAGCAGCCAAUUUGCAGGAUCAAAUAAAGAUUUCCACAGUAAUAUCCACGAGCUUCUUGUCAAACUCCUCCUUUCCUCCAUCUAAUGGCUCAUUUAGUUCAGAGGCUGGUGGAUUUAUGGAACCAAUUGUUGACUUUCUGGUUAAGAAUGGUUCACCACUUCUUGCUAAUGUGUAUCCCUACUUCGUUUACACCGAGAUCACUCGAACCAUCAGCCUUGACUAUGCUUUGUUCAUGCAAUCGCCAAGUCUUGUGAUAAGAGAUGGCAAUUUUUUUUACAACAGUCUUUUUGAAUCAAUGGUUGAUGCUCUUUACGUAGCGCUUGAGAAGUUAGGUGGAGACAAAGUGUCGAUCGUGAUAUCGGAGAGCGGUUGGCCGUCGGGUGGAGGCAAAGGUGCUACAGUUGAGAAUGCAGGUACAUACUAUAGAAAUUUGAUUAGCUUUGUUCGAACGGGGACACCGAGGAGGCCGAGAAGAGCUAUCGAAACAUAUUUGUUUGCUAUGUUUGAUGAAAAUUUGAAGUCUCUUGAAAUGGAGAAACAUUUUGGUUUAUUCACACCUGACAAGAAAUCAAAAUUCCAACUUAGUUUUAGUUGAGUAAAGGGUGUAAGAAUAUUUAUAUUCAUUCCGCAAUAAACACAUAUAUGCAAUUAUUUAUACUUUUCAUUUUAAAUGUAAAAUGAAACCCUAUUUGAAUAUUAU